AUGGUCAACUCCUGUUGUGGCUCUGUCUGCUCUGAGCAGGGCUGUGAUCAAAGUCCCUGCCAGGAGAGCUGCUGCCAGCCCAGUUGCUGCCAGACCACCUGUUGCCAGACCACCUGCUGCCGCCCAGUCUGCUGCCAGACCACCUGCCGCCCCAGCUGCGGAGUGUCCAGCUGCUGCCGUCCAGUCUGCUGCCAGACCACCUGCCGCCCCAGCUGCGGAGUGUCCAGCUGCUGCCAGACCACCUGCCGCCCCAGCUGUGGAGUGUCCAGCUGCUGCCGUCCAGUCUGCUGCCAGACCACCUGCCGCCCCAGCUGUGGAGUGUCCAGCUGCUGCCGUCCAGUCUGCUGCCAGACCACCUGCCGCCCCAGCUGUGGAGUGUCCAGCUGCUGCCGUCCAGUCUGCUGCCAGACCACCUGCCGCCCCAGCUGUGGAGUGUCCAGCUGCUGCCAGACCACCUGCCGCCCCAGCUGUGGAGUAUCCAGCUGCUGCCAGCCAGUCUGCUGCCAGACUACUUGCUGUCGUACAACUUGCUGCCGCCCCUCUUGUUGA